AACAGAGUGCAGAGUGUGCUUGCUUUCAGAGUUUCAGUGAGUGAGCGAGUGAGUGAUCAUUCAAACACACACACACACACACACAGAGAAAGCGAAUAUGCCGAUUCGAAACAUCGCCAUCGGAAGGCCCGAAGAGGCCACUCACCCAGACACCUUGAAGGCUGCGUUGUCUGAAUUCAUCUCCACCCUCAUCUUCGUCUUCGCCGGCUCAGGUUCCAGCAUCGCCUUCAACAAGCUCACCAGUGACGGCGCUACCACCCCCGCCGGCCUCAUCUCCGCUGCUAUUGCCCAUGCAUUCGCCCUCUUCGUCGCCGUCUCCGUCGGCGCCAACAUCUCCGGCGGUCACGUCAAUCCCGCCGUCACCUUCGGUGCCUUCGUCGGCGGCAACAUCACCUUCCUCCGCGCCAUCGUCUACAUCAUCGCCCAGCUACUCGGCUCCAUCGUCGCCUCCUUGCUCCUCGCUUUCGUAACCGGACUCGUAAGACCUGUUCCAGCAUUCGGUCUCACUGCUGGAGUCGGAGUUGGGAACGCGUUGGUGUUCGAGAUCGUGAUGACUUUCGGGUUGGUGUACACUGUGUACGCUACAGCAAUUGAUCCCAAGAAGGGUAAUUUGGGAAUUAUAGCCCCCAUCGCCAUCGGUUUCAUUGUUGGUGCUAAUAUUUUGGCCGGUGGAGCCUUCACCGGAGCAUCCAUGAACCCAGCCGUGACAUUCGGACCUGCCGUCGUGAGCUGGAGCUGGGGCAACUACUGGAUUUACUGGGUUGGGCCUCUCGUCGGUGGUGGUCUUGCUGGACUUAUCUACGAAGUGAUCUUCAUUGGCCAAACCCACGAGCAGCUUCCCACCGCCGAUUACUAGAGAAGAAAAUGAAAUUGUGUAGUGCUGAAUUUGAAUUUAUCUGAUAUCUUCUUCUCUGUAUGUUUUUUUCCUUCCUUGUGUUUUUUCUUUUAUCACCCUACUUUUAAGGGUUGUUUCAUUUGUGUUGAAUGGUGGCCGUUGAUCUCUGGUUGAAUGGUUGAUGAUCAUGUAGUAAAUUGUUUGUACAUGAUCUGGCUCUGAGCAGGUUCACCAAUGAAUGUAUUGUGAUUCGGGUCUGGUUGCUUGUAUAAUUCCAAAUUUCUUUUUUCCUUGCA